UCAGUGCGCCUACGGUCAGAGUCCAGACAGGUCGGGGUCUCUUGAACUAUUCAGAUAGUCUGAUGAUUGUUGCUGUAUGUGGGUUUCUCUUUCCUUCUAUAUGGCGGAUUCAGGCUCCAAAUCUUUUCUCUCUCUGGACUCCUACCAUGUCUCAGAGGAGCUCGGCUUCAUCCUCCCUGAUCCUCUGGAAGAACUCCCACCCUACUACCAGCCAUGGAUGGAUAUUGCUUUCAGAGUCCCAGAACUGGUGCACUCUCACGAGUUGCGCUCCCUCAUUAACAGGAUGCCCUUGCUGAGCAGCCAGUUUCUGCAGAAACACAGAGAGUUACGUCUGGCCCACCUAGCCCUCAGCACGAUGACGAUGGGCUACGUGUGGCAGGAGGGAGAGAACGACACAGUUGAGAUUCUCCCAAAGAACCUGGCUGCCCCAUACUGGGAGGUGUCGCAGCGCUUAGGACUCCCACCAAUUCUCACCCAUGCAGACGCAGCUCUGGCUAACUGGAAGAAGAAAGAUCCAGAGGGUCCCUUUAACAUGGAGAACCUGGAGCUGCUUGUCAGCCUUCCUGGUGGAGACAGUGUGCAAGGUUUCUUUUUGGUUACUGUGCUGGUGGAGCUGGCCGCAGUCCCUGCACUGAGGAACAUUCCUGUAGUGAUCAAUGCUGUCAAGUGUGGUGACACUGAAGCUUUGGCCCAAGCUCUAGAGAACAUUGGACAGUCCAUACAAGACAUGACGGACAAACUCAAACUGAUGCACGUCUACGUGGAGCCUUCAGUGUUCUAUGGCAUCAUGAGGAUCUACCUGUCAGGGUGGAAGGACAACCCCUGUAUGCUAAAGGGGCUGAUUUAUGAAGGUGUAAACACAGAACCGAUGGAGUAUUCAGGUGGGAGUGCUGCACAAAGCAGCCUGCUGCACUGCUUUGAUGAACUUCUGGGAAUCAGGCAUGAAGAAAAAAGUGGUGCCUUUCUAACCCGCAUGAGGAACUACAUGCCCCCUGCACACAAGCAGCUUAUCCAUGACAUCUCGCUGCAGCCCUCGCUCAAGAGUUUUGUCCAGCAGCAGGACAACGAGAGACUCAACCAGACCUUUCAGAACUGUGUCACUAAACUACUGGCUUUACGCAACUACCACAUCAACGUGGUCAGCCGCUUCAUCACUGUACCCGCAGCCCGAGCACGACAACUUCGCAACAAGAGCCAGAACUCAGAGGCAGAGAUGAUCAGCAGAGCACCCACAGCUUUAGAAGAGAGGGGCACCGGGGGCUCCGGCAUCAUGACCUUCUUAAAGACUGUGAGGGACCAAACAAGAGAUGCCUUUCUGCCUGAUUCUAGCAAUGAAACAGAGCAGAACAGCUGAUCUGGAUGUGGGACAUAUAGCAAAGUGUCAAUUAUAACACAUAAAUCAGAAAUCAUUGAUUUCUCUGAAUACUAUUUAACUUGUCAUUAAAAAAUCACUUUGGCAGAAAGUGAGC